AUGGCUGAUAAUCCAAGCAGCGACGGUUUAUCCGAAGCAGAAAGAUUAAAAGAAGAGGAAUUGGCUCAAGAACUGGACCACAGUGAUUUUAACGAAGACGACUCUCAGGAAAUAUCCUUAGAAAUAGAAGAGAAACUGUUGAAAGAUGAACCAGAAUACACUACUUUGGUCAACUAUGGUGAGAGUAUACAGAACGAACAGAGUAUCACAACAGAGCAUUUCAAUGAUAACUUAGAUAAAGGUUUAGAUUCUGAGGGUCUUGGUAAUAUAUACACUGAAACCACUGACAUGUUUAUAACACAAACAGAUCUGAGUGAUCCAAAUGAUCAGUAUGGAUCAUAUAUUAAUGAUUAUUCCUUUGACAACUCGCAAACAAUUGAGGAGAGUCAUUCACAGAUUAUGACAGAAUAUUCUACAAGUAAGGAUGCUAGUGUGGUACCAAACGUGGGAGAAUUCCAGCAAAGUGAAAAUUCAAACGGGGAUUAUCAAACUGCUGAAGAACUGAGCGAAAGAGAAAGGGAAAAGAAAACAAAGAAGGAAUUAGAAGAAGAGGAAAGAGAAAAAAUGCAAGUAUUAGUGUCAAACUUUACUGAAGAACAACUAGGAAGGUAUGAAAUGUAUAGACGAGCAGCAUUUCCUAAGGCUGCUGUGAAACGUUUGAUGCAGACUAUCACUGGGUGCUCAGUGGGACAGAAUGUUGUGAUAGCUAUGUCUGGUAUUGCUAAGGUGUUUGUUGGUGAAGUCGUUGAGGAAGCACUAGAGGUAUUGGAAAAGUCUGGAGAGCCAGGUCCAUUGCAGCCAAAGCAUCUCCGGGAAGCAUUGCGUAGGCUAAGAGUGAGAGGUGCUAUAUCAGCAAGAAAAGCUUAUAGAGGAUCCUUCAGAUUGUAA